AUGUCUUCUCAACGAUACCUGGAAAUCUUCAACCCAGCUCCCAAACCAUGCGCCAACUUUCACCAGUUCUCUCGAUUCCCAGCAGAGAUUCGAUGUCUCGUCUGGGAACAAGCGCUCAGUCACGAGCGAUGGGUUCGCGUUCAUUUGGAACAAGGCUUCUGGGACAGCGACAUGGAGGAUGAACCACAACCGGACUAUGAUAUUUAUGUGCACAUUAACACGAAAAUCAGCAAGCUAUUUCGCACCACACGCGAGUCACGACGUGUUGCUUUGCGCUUCUAUCGAGUUCAACUGCCCUGUCGAUACUUCCUCCAAUCAACACAUGGUGGCCAUCCUGGAGAGGAUGGGGAGAAAGGCAUCCUCUACCUCUGCCCGGAGCUGGAUACAUUAAGCGUCUCUACCAUGUAUAGGAUCGGGUACCUUGCUCGUGACAUCUUGGAUCUAGAUCCUCGUUGUGUUGGCCUUGUUAACCUCGCGGUGAACAUUAGAACCUCGGUACUAGGGGCAAUCGAGGUGACGGGGGAGCCAGGGACAAGCAGGCAACUUGUCAAGCAGGCUCUGUCAAAGGUAGAGCGUUUCGUCAUAAUGGAAGAUAUGGUACCACGAACUUGGACUGGUGAAUAUUACUCAUCUCCGACCCAAUGGCGCAGCAGCUCAGCACACCGUGCUUGUCCUCUCAACGGGAAUACCGUCGCUUUCGAACGUCUUCAGUACGAUCCUCGGCUUGAGGAGGAACAUUUGAUGAGUGUAUACACUGGGGAAUACGAUGCAAGGGUAGGAUUCAGCGAGUUCGAAGAGCUACUCACUGAGCUCGACGUCACACACAACCACGAGGUUGAUUAUCGAAUGGGCCUAUGCAGUCGAGGUUGGCAGGAUGGCUUACCGCAUGGAACUGACAGGGUUGCUGCUGCUGAAUGGCUACGAAAGGAUGAAGAGGCGUUUGAGUCAAAAUUGCAAUACUUGAAGCAAACCAACGAAGACUAUGAGAGAUCCAGGGGCAGGAAGUUACCCCCGAACUAUGGCAAUUACGACCAACAUCUUGAUGAAGUACCUCAGCAGGCAAUUGGAUUCUGGCUGUUUCCUUUGAAGAGCUUGGGAGUAAAGCCAGGUAAGAAGAGGUCGCGCAGCUUCGGGGAGGAUAAGCAUAGGUUUCGUGACAUGAACAAACAUCCCCCAGAGUUGUGUUUGUCGUUGAUGCACUGA